ACAAACAUCAUAGGCAGUCUCUCUUCCUCCUCCGCCUUCUUCCAUUCUAUUUCCCUUGUUUGAAACCAUUUUCCAUAGUCUCAUAUUGCCUAUAUGCAGCAAACGUAAUCAUCCACUCUAGAUCAGAAGGAUUCAUCUCCUCUCAAGAAACACAAGGAGGAUUUUUCAAUCAUCAACACGAAAUCUGCACCAAGUUUUUUGUCGUCUCCAAAAUACAUAGUGCCAAUGUGAAAUCAAACUCUUCAACUAGGAAUAGGGAAAAAGUGCAAAAUCAUCUCAAAGACACAAAAGUAGGACGAAUGGACGGUCAAUAUAGGCCCAACAGACUGUGGAAGACUAUGAUGCAAAGGCUAAGAAUCAAAAUGAUGGCCUGUUGUGGAUCCUCAAUCAAUCUAAGGGUCUCUGACAGUACAGUUUGUGAAGAAGAAGCAGCCCAGGCCCAUGAGUCACACGAAACGGAGGAGGAGCUACAGCCCAUGAUGGCUACUGUGGGCCAUAACAUACAGGCCAGGGGUAUAAGUUUGGCCACUUUAUUAGCUGCCGAGCGUCAAUUGCGUAAAGUGGGUCCCAGAAAACAUAAGAAGCCGUUGAUGCGAUUAUUCGAAGAAGUUGACGGCGUGGAUUCAAAGAAGGGCAAGUGGUAUAGAGGAGGGAAUGAUAACUUGUGUUGCGUGUGCAUGGUGAGGAAUAGAGGUGCAGCUUUUAUUCCCUGCGGGCACACCUACUGUAGAGAGUGCUCGAGAGCGCUGUGGCUCAAACGUGUGCCGUGUCCACUUUGCAACCAUCCGAUCAAUCAAAUCCUUGAUAUCUUCUAAAUCAUUCUCUUUUUUUUUUUUUUAGUUAUUUUUUUAUAAUAUAAGCAGUAGGUUUUGACUUUGGAAUUUCUUACUUAAAU